CGCCCAGCAAGUGUGGCAUCCAGCUCAAAUGCCCCAGCAGCAAAAGCAACCAGCUACUGAACCUCAGCAGCAGAAGCAACCGACCGCCAUAACUCAGCAAGUGUUGCAUCCAGCUCAAAUGCUGCAGAAGCAACUGACUGCCAUGCCCCAGCAAGUGUGGUAUCCAGCUCAAAAGCCCCAGAAUCAACCAGUCCCUAUGCGUCAACCGCAGAAGGAACUGACCGCCAUUCCACCACAACUGUGGCAAUCGGCUCAAAUGCCCCAGCAGCAUAAGCAACCGGCUGCCAUGCUUCAGCAAGUGUGGCAUCUGGCGCAGAAGCAACCGGCCCCUAUGCCCCAGCAGCCUCACGACGUGUGGUAUCCAGCUAAAAUGGUCCAGAAGCAACAAGUCGCUGCACUGACCGCCAUGCCGCAGGCACAACAGAAAGUGUGGCAUCCAGUUCAAAUGCCUCAGCAGCAGAAGCAACCAGCUACUGAACCUCAGCAGCAAAUUGAACUGACCGCCAUGCUUCAGACACAUCAGCAAGUGUGGCAUCCAGCUCAAUUUCCCCAGCAGCAGAAGCAACCGGCCUCCAUGCCUCUUCCGCAGGAGAAACCGACCGCCAUACCCAAGCAAGUGUGGUAUCCAGCUCAAAUGUCCCAGCAGCAACUGGCCUCCAUGCCUCUACCGCAGAAGCAACUGACCCCCGUGCCUCAGCAAUUAUGGCAUGUAGCUCAAAUGCCCCAGAAGCAACUUGCCCCAAUGUCUCAGCAGAAGCACUACGAAAGCACUGAAGAUGGUGUCUCUGGUAGCUCUCAGGCCAGCAUUGUUGAACAGUUGGGUGUCAUCCCAAUCUAUUCCUACAGUUCCAAAUCGCACUACGAGAAGGGCAGAACUGUCUUCUCCCAAACCCGCUACACUCCUAGGGAGGCUAUGCCUGUUGACAGUGGAAAUGCUCCCAAGGACAGUUAUGUUGGCAUUGGUGCACCAAGCAUGCAUCCACCACUAGUGAAGGAUUCUGCAAGGGAAAUGUAACGGAGUCAUCCUCUA